AUGGCUGCUUCAAAUAACUCUCAUGAUUCUUAUAUUAUUUCUACUAUAAAAUCUUCAUAUCCUAUUAUCAAACCUUUAGCUUCUGUAAACCUUUUAACUCCUGUUAUUGAACCUUCAAAUAUCGAAUCUUUAUUUCCUGUUAUUGAACCUUCUAAUAUCAAACCUUUGUCACCUAUUAUUGCAUCUUCUUCAAAUUCAACUAAUCCUAAAAAUAGAUCUGAUAUUGAUUUAUUUAGUGAUAUCAAAGAUGCUAGUGAACCUGAAGAUAUCAAUGAUAGGAAACUGUGGCCUAACUCUGUUGUAAAAUCACUACUUAUAUAUCUUUCUGAUCAUAUAAAUGAUUAUCAAUUAAAAAAAAACCAAUUUUAUUAUAAAGCUGCUCUUUACUUUGGCAAGGGAAAAACUGGAUUGCAAGUUGCAACCAAAAUAAGAUGGUUAAUUAAUAAGUAUAUGAAGGAAAACACAAAUAAAACCAGAAAAGCAGUAUCAAAAUGGAUAUUCUUUACAGAAAUGAAUAAAAUUUUUGGUAACCGUGAAAAUGUAAAUCCAAAAUAUAUAAUCGAUAGCAUGGGAAAGCCUUCUAAAAAUACUAAUCAAUCAGAAAAAGACCAUUCAUUAAAAAGAAAGAAAUAUAAGUUAAGUGAAGAUGAUGAAGUUUAUAUUCAUAAAAUUAGCAAAAGUAAAAAAAUAGCUGCACAAACAAAGAAACAACUGUACGAUUUAGAAAAAGAAAAGUUAGAAUUUGAAU